GAGCUGCUGUUUAAAGAUGGCGCUGUACGGUGCAACAGUCCGAUCGUUUCGUUAAUACCUGUAAAACCAUGAUCUGAAAACGAGACGCUUUAAAGAUUUAGUCAAACACUGAAGACACUGCAAUAAUAUUAUACUAACGUUUCUUGGCAUUAGUGAAUUAAAAUGCCUUCACCUAAAGUGCGGAACAGCCCUGGGCGCAGCGUCCCGUGUCCCGGUGGAAACGGACGCAACGAGUUCAUUUCUCUGAGCCGAACUCCCCCGCCGCACCUGCUGCAGAGACAGGGCUCCGACCCCACAUCUGCUCGGCUCCGAGCCUCCGAGAGCCCCAGCCGACGAAGGGGAUCGGGUUCGUCUACCUCCUCCACCGGCGGACAGCAGUUACCGGAGGAAGACUGUAUGAAAUUAAACCCUUCUUUCAUUGAGAUAGCGCUCAGCUCUCUGUUGGCCAUCGACCUGUGGCUGUCGAAGCGUCUCGGUGUGUGCGCCUGCGAGGACUCAUCAUGGGGCAGCAUGCGGCCGCUCAUGAAGCUCAUCGAGAUCUCCGGUCACGGGAUCCCGUGGCUUGCCGGUGCCGUGUACUGCCUGUAUAAAAGCGACAGUGCCGCCGGCCAGGAGGUCAUGCUGAACCUGCUCAUGGCCUUGCUUCUAGACCUGGUGCUGGUUGGUAUUGUCAAGGCCGUAGUGCGGCGUCGACGUCCUUCCCAUAACCGCAUGGACAUGUUUGCCACAUUUUCUGUGGACCGCUAUUCCUUCCCGUCGGGCCAUGCCACACGUGCUGCAAUGUGUGCCCGCUUUCUUUUGGCCCAUCUGGUGCUGGCAGCCCCACUUCGGGUUCUCGUUCUGCUCUGGGCCACUUUUGUUGGUUUUUCAAGGGUUCUCCUUGGACGCCAUAAUGUUACUGAUGUUGCAUUUGGUUUUCUUAUGGGGUACUGGCAAUAUAAUUUGGUUGAGAUGCUGUGGUUGUCUCCACUUACUUUCCAAAGCAUGAUUGGACAGCUUGACUAAGAAGUUGUGAGGGCCAGUAUUUUUGGUGGCCUAUUAAUUGGGAUCUAGACUUACUUAAUUGGUGCCAGUAUGCUGGUGAUGAUGUUGUCAAUAUAGUCAAUGUUGUUUUAUGUGUUUGAAUAUCACUUGAAUGUAAAAUAUUAACCUCAUUGAUCAUCUUCCAGCAAUGUACAGGGGGUUUUAUCAAAUUAAGCUCUGUUGUGAACAGAUAAAUCGGUAUGAAGUAAAAGUGAUGGAUUGUGAGAGAUAUUGGAUUUUGAGAGAGCAGUGUAAAGGGGUCUUAAUCCUGUUCCAUCACUUCAAAUUAUUUUUCGGUCUCAAAAUAUAAUAACCCCACCAUUAUGCACCUUAUAUUACAUCUAAACAUAAUAGGUGUAAACAUCAAACACCAGCCAGAGUUUUAUCGUUAAGCAAUUAAAAAAAAAAAUUAAGCAAUGGACAGAGGGGUGAAUUUCACUUCGCCUUCAAUAUCUUAAAGAUGCAGUGUGUAAUUUUUAGAAGGAUCUCUUGACAGAAAUUCAAUAUAAUAUACAUAACAAUAUUAUCAAUGGAAUAUAAAGACCUUACAAAAUUAACUGUAUUGUUUUUAUUACCUCAGAAUAUACACAGCGGGUCUCCUUUACAUGGAAGUCACCAUUUUGAACCGCCAUGUUUCUACAGUAGCCCUAAACGGACAAACCGUGCAAUCGAGCACGUUUUUUACUACAUUGUCUCAGAUGAUGACGUGUUUGUCCUGUGGUGGCUACUGUAGCUUCACUAUGUUUGAAAGGGAGGGAUGAGCUGUGGACUGAGCCAUCGGUUUCAAUUCACAAUCUCACCGCUAGAUGCCGCUAACAAUCUACACACUGGACCUUUAAGCAUAUCUGGUGUCCUCUGUAGUUCUGUUGAAUUUGAGAUAUUUAAGGGUUGUUGUAUGGGGUUUCUUAUUACAUUGAAAGGGUGUAUAUUAUUUGGAAUGUUGGGUGCAAUGUCUAUAUUUUAAUGUUUUUCAAAUGUUUGGUUGUUCUGUGAUCAAAGAAUGUAAUUCAUAAGUUUGUCUUUAUUGAAAUCUUCUUUGUUGUGGCUUUGCCAAUCUCUGCAAAAGAUUUUGCACUUUAUGAAAAUUUUAAUUUGUGUUGUACAGUGCCCUCUCUAAGAAUGGGAGACAAAAUGAUAAUGAGGGAGAGGUACAGAAAUGUUACAUUUUAUUAACAUCUGAUUAUGUUUUAACACCUACACUGUAAAAAUAUUUGUUGGUUCGACUUAAAAAGUAAGUUUAUUGGUUACUUUAAAAUUCUGUGUUUAUUCAAUGUUAAAAUAUUAGUUGACUCAAGAAAGUAAAAAUGUCUGAAGUUGAAUGGUAACUUACUUUUUUAGUUGAACCAACUACUUUUUACAGUGUACAUGCUUUACCAACAAAAAAACACAUUUCAUCCUGAUUAAUGCGAGACUCGGACUGCAAGCUUUUCACGUGUGACCAAUUAAUGCAUCAGGAGGACACAGUUCAUCACUAACACGUGAGCCAAUAAUCUCAACAAAAAAAAAACUUUUCAUCCUACCUUCAUUAGUUCUGUUUUUUUCACCUCUCAAAUAUGUCUAGGUUUCUCAAAAAACCUGAGAUAAUUGCAUUUUUGUAAAGGACUUUUGACGGACAUACAGCUGUUUGUCCGAGGGCGAUACUUCCGGGGAUUUGUAAGUUGCGAAAGUGCGGAUAAUAGCGGUUUUAUCUCCUAUUCACCUUUUAGACAUUUCUUGACUCCACAGCAAGCUGAGCAUUUUGCCCUUAUUGCUCCAAUACUUAUGGAGGGCGCUGUAUAUCAUAUCAAUUUAAUUUUCUGUUAUUUGAGGGUUGAAGCCUCAGCUGUAGAGCCAUAAACUGCAUGAUAUGCUGCAGACAAACGCUGUCAUUAUGACAGUUUGGAAACAUAUUGAAGUUCUUCAUUUUGUCAUGUUGGCUAUAAUGUUCACCAAAGUUACACAGAUAUAUAGAGAAGUGCUAUAGCAGUGCUAUUAUACAGUGAUGGUAUCAUAACCAUGGUCUUUAAGUAGCACGGUAUAAAUAAAAUACCACUGUAUAUUGUAGCCUACAUAUGCAAAUAAAUAUGGUAAUACAAUAACCUUUUGUUUCCAUCAAUUAAAUUGAACAUUCUUAUUGUAUCAUAUUACAUUCCACUGGUUAACUUGUCUUCUAUAGGCUAAUACAACUACAGCAGUACUUUGUCGAUUUAAAACACAAUGGUAAUACUUAAUUUUACAGUGUGUCUGUGUGUGAUAUCAAAAGAGCAUCUUACUGUACUUACCAGAAUAUUUACCACAUGUAAUUCAAUAAGAACUUUCAGUUUUUCAUACUGUAUGAGCAGACCUCUAUAUAUGACCCACUUAAUUGAUGUGUGUGUCUGUGUGGGAAAUAAACUUUUACACACAGACACAAAUUUGCUCGAAUGGUUGAAAGCGAGAGAUUUUUACCUAUGUGUAACAGAUCAAACACUGCCAUAGGCCAGUCAUGGGGCUUGCUCUUUCACUGUGGCAUUGGUAUUUAACAAAUACCAACGUUUCUUUUCCUCUGUUACUGUGAGAUAUUUGAAGAGUUUCGUUGCAAAACGAGAUAAAUCCGUUUUUUUCAUUGUUCAGAAAUCUCGUGUUUUGGUUGUGCAUUCCAAUUAAUAUCAAUUCAACUGCAGUUGGUUUGUUUUGAUUUAAACCUUCAUAACUUAAAAAAUACAGCUAAGUAGCACCAUAAAAC